UGCAAGUCCAAAUUACGAGGUCAUCAGCUAGAUUUAGAACAAGAACACACAACCCAUGCAAUGAUAUUACAUGAAUUACAACAGCUAUUGGCCAAUGAACGAUCAGAAAAAGAGAGAUUUGAACAACAAAUUGAAGAAUUACAGGAAACACUACACUGCCAACAAGCUGUUCCAGAUAAAUCUGAGGAAUAUGAGAGACGUAUUACUGCUUUAAGUGAUCAGUUAGACGCUGUAAGAACUCGAUUGAAAGCUUCGGAGGACCAAGCUGCCAAACCAUCACCAUUACUCUUAGAAUUACAAAAAGAAAUGGCUGAAAUGAAGGCGCAACACCGAAUGCAAGUGCAGUUGGAACAAAAAAAAGCAGAGGAAGCAGAAGAAAAACUUAAACUUGCUGCGGAAACUGAUGAGAAGAGAGUUGCUAGCUUAGAAGAUAAAUUGUCUGAAUUGUCGGAGGUGACAGGCACUUAUGAAAGACUCAGAUACCAAGACCAGAUGGCAAUACAACGUUUAAAAGAACGAGUAACGCAGCUUGACUUAGAAAACACUGCACUUGCCAGAGCAGCCAAUAAAACGGUCCCAGUGCUGGAAGAUGCACCGACCAAUGAUGACAAUAUUUUAGACGUCAAUUCAUUAGUAGAAAAGAUCACCAAGUUAAAGGGCCUUCUAAAACUAGCCAAUCAGAAUUCAGAGAAACCAGUAGAUAUUGAUGAAGUUUGCAGUAUUGAUGAUUCUUCCUCGCUGGAAAGCAAUCCACAGCAUAAAGCAUGCCAACAGGAAUUGAAACAAUUAAAAGAUGAAUUUGAACGUUACAAACUGAGAGCACAGAAUGUUUUGAAAAGUAAAAAUGCAAAAGAUAAUACAAAUAGUAAAGAGAUGGAAACACUGAAGAGUGAAGUAACAGAACUCAGAGAAAGAUUGUCAAUGUUGAGAAGUCAGUUAGAUGAAGAUGAAAGGUUACAUAACAUUAAGAUAAAAGAAUAUGAAACAACAAUAAGCACUUUACAGAAUAAAUCUAAAGAAGACUUAUUGAUGGCUGAGUUGGAAUACAAACAUAAAGUGGGUGAAUUGGAAGAACAAGUACAUAAACAGAGAGACAGAACGUUAGCAUUGUUAGAAGAAAAAGACAAAGAAAUAGAGACUAUGAAACACCAGAUAUCUCAAACCUAUGGUGCAUAUACUGGUGAGUGGGGUUCACGACGUUCCUCUGUUGGUCAGCACUCAGAUAGUUCAGAUGAAGAGAGCCAAACAGAGACUACUGAAGAAACUCAUGUGUCUGAUUUGUUGUCUAAGUCGUGUCUAACAAUGACAAGUACACGCAGUGAGUCGUCCUUAUUACACUAUGCCGAACAGCAAGCCAGGAAAGACAUUGAGAUAAACAGCUUGAGAAAACAAAAACAUGAAUUGGAAAUCACUCUGAGACAAAUACAAGAGAAAUGUGUUAUGAAUGAAGAUAAAUUUUCUACUGAACUAGAAGAUACUCGAGAAGAAGUUCAUAGACUUGAAAGAAGCAGGUCCAGAGAAAGUGCAAAUCUUGAGUAUUUGAAGAAUGUGUGUUACAGUUAUUUUAUGACAGAUGAUUAUCCUUCUAAACAACAAAUGCUGAAUGCCAUAGUUACCAUAUUACAUUUUAGCCCAAAAGAGAAAGAUGUUGUGAAUAAAAAGAAAAGAGCAACGUGGAGUGCCUAUUUUCAAAGUACUGCCAAAAAAUAGUAUCAGGCUUGAUUUUUUGAGACGUUUUAUUUAUUUAUGCCUGGUGUUGGACUUGACACAAAAAUGUUACAGCAGAAGGCCAGUUGUUGGAGGUUACAGUUUUCACAAAUUCGUAUCUGAAUAAUUAACCAAAGAUCAGUUGAAAUUUAUACCAUAGUUGCUCUAUUAAUUCAUCACAUGUGCUUACAUAAAUGUGUCCACAGGCAAAAGAUUUUAAAGCA